GACCAGGAAAGCAGGAAGCGGCGGCACGUCGUUCCUCGUCCAAGGAGCGGCGAGCGAGCGUGGGACACCGCACCCUCCGGCGGGACUUUGGCUGUCGGCAUGUGGGCUCGCUCGUGGACCGGGGUCGGGCCUUCGGUGGUCGGGCGGCGGGCUUGGGGCGAAGCUCGGCUGCGGGCGGCGGCCGGAGAGCCGCGGCGACGCGACGCUUCGUCAAGUGCGGAGGCCGCCUCGAAGAAGACGCCUCUGUUUGACUUCCACAGGGCGCACGGUGGAAAGAUGGUGGAGUUUGCAGGCUGGCGUAUGCCCGUGCAGUACAAAGACAGUCACGUCAGCUCUCACAUGCACACCAGAGAGCACUGCGCCAUCUUUGACGUCAGUCACAUGCCGCAGACCAAAGUCCAUGGCAAAGACAGGAUCAGGUUCAUGGAGUCUCUCGUGGUGGCAGAUAUUUCAGAACUGAAAGACAACCAGGGUACGCUGUCCCUCUUUACCAAUGAUAAGGGUGGCAUCAUUGAUGACCUCAUCGUAACGAAGACAAAUCAGGGUUAUCUGUACGUGGUCUCCAACGCUGGCUGCGCAGACAAAGACUCUGCUCACAUGAAGGCCAGACUCGCAGAGUUCAAGGCGGCAGGCUCGGACGUGGAUCUGGAGUUCCUUGACGAAGCGCUGAUUGCGCUGCAAGGACCGUCCAUGUCUCAGGUGCUGCAGGAGGGCUUGAAGGAGGACCUCAGCAAGCUGACCUUCAUGACCUCUGCCCUGGCCACUGUCUUUGGUGUUCCUGGGUGCAGGGUCACCCGAUGCGGAUACACUGGAGAGGACGGGGUGGAGAUCUCCGUUCCCCAGUCCAGAGUGGUGGAACUGACUGAGAAGCUGCUGGCGCACAGCGAAGUCAAGCUGGCCGGCCUGGGCGCCAGGGACAGCCUGCGACUGGAGGCGGGCCUUUGUCUCUAUGGCAACGACAUAGACGAGAGCACCACGCCCGUGGAGGCCGCUCUUGUCUGGACAAUAGGAAAGCGACGGCGUCGGGCCCGGGACUUCCCCGGCGCGGACGUCAUCGUCCCUCAGAUCAAGGCGAAGACCGCCAGGAAGCGAGUCGGCCUGGUGUCUAACGGCCCCCCCGUCAGACAGCACACACCCAUACUCGGUCCUGACGGAAAGCUCAUAGGCGAGGUGACCAGCGGCUGCCCUUCCCCUUGUCUGAAAAAAAAUGUUGCCAUGGGUUACGUGGACGCCGCCUUCUCAAAGAACGGGACGGCAAUUCAGGUGGAGGUCAGGAAAAAAGCGGUGGCCGCCACCGUGUCCAAGAUGCCCUUCGUCCCUGCCAACUACUACUCUGGCUAGGAGCGACGUUCCUCUUACACGGGAACCCGUGGCCAUUCCUCUAGUUUUCCAUAUCCGCUGGCCAAUGGAAAGCAAGCAUCUCGGAGUUUUUCUCUCAAACGCAACGAAAAGUUCUUUAGUUUGAUGUUGUAUUGAAAUCACAGAAAAUGUGCCCCAUUUUUCAUUGGCUACAGACCGUAAUACCUCUCGUAUUGAUCGACGGAGCCUAUUUGCAACACCAAUGUCGUUAAUGCUCGUCUAACUGUUUGUCUGAAUGAACAUCGGCAGAACAAUUUGGAUUAACACCAAAUUGUACACAUUCAGAAGGGGGGCAAUAGAAGAAGAAGUGACCUUCAUCUUUUCUCUGUCCCCUCCUCACAUGUCUACAUGCUUAUUAAGAUGUACAGUAGAGCAUUAUUCACGGACAAAUGUCCCAUCUUGAAUUUGGAAAGGAAUUGCCACCAAAAUGAAGAAAUUGACCCACGCCCCACUCCUUCACAAGGUGUCGCGGAAAUCCUCGCUGGCGUAAACGUGCUGUAUUUCACCGUUUGUUUAAAACUGAGGAAUUUAUGUGGGGGCUGAAAUUCUGGAUCGGUACCAGCCAUUAAUGGGAUCUUCCUCGGCCCAUGCCCGACGCCACAGGUGUCAAACUCGAGGCCCGGGGGCCAGAUCCGGCCCGCCACAUCAUUUUAUGUGGCCCGCGAAAGCAAAUCAUGUGUGUCAACUUCCAUGGUUCUUGCUCAAAUCGGUUCCAAAUUUUGGUAUAAUGUUCGUGACAAAAAUGAGUUUGACUCUCCUGCCCUACGCCAUUCCCUCCAUUUACAGUAUAUGGAAUUGGGUCAUUCUUGUAUAAUCCUGCCGAAUAACAAAAAAAGAUGCCGUGACGAGGUGCGGUCUAAUUGCAAUUUGUCAAACUUGAAUAAUCAAUGGCCCGAUCGGCAUCGUUUGAGGUAAUGAAAGUGGUAGCUCGUUCUCAUUUUAAUUUCUAAGUACUAUAUCUAUCUUUUUCCAACAUUUUCUGUCCUCUUUUGGUAAAACCGAACAGCUGAGUUGUGACAAUUUUACAAGUGGUGAAUUGAACUGUGAGUAAUGUGAUGUUUUGUGCGACGACUACGACGACAGCCAAAAACACUGCCGAUUGAUGAAAACUGCCACUGUUCUAUCAAAAAGUGUCCUGACAAAUGUUUCUUUUGGGCUCAAAUCACUGUCAUUUUGUAUUUAAUUUUCUAAAUAGCUUUGAAAUGAAAAUGUAGCGCACAUUAUUUAGUAACGGUUGAAAGAAAAAGCCUAGCGAUGUUCCAUCGAUACAUUUUUUUUUUUUUUUUCGGACCAAAUGUCUACUCAAGUUUUGAAUAUGAACAUGACAUAUACUGUAAGUGAGGAGUGAUUGACUAACUUUAGAAACUUGAGUCCUUUAAUUGUAUUUUUUUUAAAACGGCAAACUACUGAUUCAAAAUUGUUUAACUUUUUGUCAACUGUCUUGCCCUGUGUAUGUGAAUCAUUACUUGAAGACGUAAUCUGUAACAUUUUAAACUGUAUUUCAUAUUUCUCUUUAUUGAAGGCGAUCUUACUUUUUAAUCACCAAAAUGCUUGUGUUUCAAAUUCUGUUUUUCAUAUCAUUGAAGUCAGUCAGCAUGUUUAAGGUUAGUCCAGAAUUUACAGAACCCCGGACAUGACAUGGCAUUUUUUAUUUUAUUUAUUUAUUUUUUUAAAUUGUGGCCACAAUAUGUACACAGACUGCUGAUUGAUCGCCACAAAAUAUAUAUAAAGCGGGCACAAAAUUAUAGUCUGUGGGUUGAAUAUCAUUCCCAGGAACAGCACGGAAGUCUCAGUCAGCAAAUACAAACUAUACAGUAUGCGCUGUCCUAGACUACUAUAUCUUUUCGCAUACGGUUUCUCGAGAAGGUGCACUCCAUAUGCCUACCCAAAUGUCCUGGAAUUGGAGUAUAUUAUUAAUAUUUGUUAUUUGUGUGGACAAUAUAUCUUCUUUACAGCCACAAAUUAGUAUUUUGUGCACGUUAUGCCUAAUUCGUGGUCACGAUUGAGUAUUUUGUGGCCACAAAUUAGUAUUCAGUGGCUUCAAAUUAGCAACUUGUGCACAUGACAAGUUAUAUCCAAAUUAUGGCUAGAAGUAGCCCGCUCCCAAAACAUAAAGGCUAGCCCGUUAGUAGACGCAUCUACAACCCCAAUUCCAAUGAAGUUGGGACGUUGUGUUAAAGAUAAAGAAAAACAGAAUACAAUGAUUUGCAAAUCAUGUUCGACCUAUAUUUCAUUGAAUACACUACAAUGACAAGAUAUUUAAUGUUGAAACUGAUAAACUUGAUUGUUUUUAGCAAAUAAUUGGCUGCAACACGUUCCCAAAAAGCUGGGACAGGGUCGUGUUUACCACUGUGUUACGUCACCUUUUCUUUGAACAACAUUCAAUAAACGUUCGGGAACUGAG